AUGCGAGUCGGUGCGAAGAGUCAGGAUCGCUCUGGUUUAUUACCCGCUGCUCCCUGGUCCGGGGGUCGCUGCGCUUGGCACUGGCCCGGGGUCGCUGCGUUUGGCACUGGCCUGGGGUCGGUGUAUUUGGCACUGGCCUGGGGGUCGCAGCCUGGGGCACUGGGCGCUGGCAGGACGAGCCUGCGAUAUGGGCACUGCAGAACCGGAUCAUUCCUGGGAUUAUACUCACAGACAGCCUCACCCCCUGCAGCCAUGCACAGUGAACCUUUGAUCCUCCAUGUUGUGUUGGAGUUAAAGUAGGAGAUCAGUAUGCCGCAGAACUUGGCACCUACCACCCCAUCACUGGCUGUCACAUUUCUUCUCUUUCUCUACACAGUGUCACUCAACGGACAGUCUCCACCUGGAAAACCCGAUAUCAUUAAAUGCCGCUCCUUCGAAAAAGUGACUUUUUCCUGCUGGUGGAAACCGGGCUCGGAUGGAGGGCUUCCAACCAACUACAGCCUGCUCUACAGAAAAGAAAAUGACCCAAAAGUAUACGAAUGCCCAGACUACGAGACCUCCGGCCCAAACUCUUGCUACUUUGACAAAGCACACACUUCGUUUUGGAUCUUUUAUCACAUCUAUGUGAAUGCCACCAAUGCCCUGGGCAGCAAUGUGUCUGAUGAAGAGAGCGUGGAUACAACUUACAUAGUUCAGCCAUACCCACCUAUAAAUGUGUCACUUACCGUGGAAAGUGGGCGCUAUGACCUGUUAGCAAAAUGGCUUCCACCUGCCAUGGCUGACGUGCAGUCUGGAUGGUUAACCCUCAAGUACGAAGUGCGAUUAAAAGAAGAGAAAGAACAGGAAUGGGAGGCACAUUCAGUUGGCAAUCAGUUAAAACUGAGACUAUAUGGUUUAAUCCCAGGAGGAAAUUAUGUUGUCCAAGUCCGAUGCAAACCAGAUUCGGGGCAUUGGAGUGAAUGGAGCCCAGAAAGUUAUGUACAGAUCCCUGGUGGGGGAAAGAAAACAGACUUGACACUGUGGAUAUCAGUUGGUGCAUUAUCAGCUGUGAUUUGCUUGACAAUGAUCUGGACUAUGGCGUUAAAAAGAUGCAGUUUGAUGUCUUGUAUAUUGCCACCUGUGCCUGGACCAAAAAUUAUGGGAUUUGACACUCAGCUCUUAAAGAGUGGGAAAUCUGAUGAGCUUUUGAGUGCUCUUGGCUGUCAAGGUUUUCCUCCGACAUCAGACUAUGAAGAUCUUCUAGUGGAGUUCCUAGAAGUGGACGACAGCAAGCAGCAUCUCAUGUCAUGUCAUGAACGAUCACAACAAAAGCAAAAUAUUAAAGUCUGCCCAGCCGAUACGGACAAUGACUCCGGGAGAGGAAGCUGUGACAGCCCCUUUUCCCAUUCUGAAGGUUGCAAAGAGCUUCGGCCCCUUCAGCCAGGAGUCGAAAGUACAGACAGAGGAACGCAUGACCACUGGCCGCCGGAGAAUACAAUAAUCGAUGGGUCAUUUACAAAUUUUGCUGAUGGCAAGUCAAACAUGUGGCCAGAUGUUCCGUUGCCUGGGAACCAAAUUGCAAAGUCAUCCUAUCAGGAUAUAAAAGACAUUACUAACCUGGCUUUUAGUGCCAUGAAUGCCAGCGGGCAUGCCCUUUUGAUUCCACGUGAUGACAAGAACCAGCUAAGAUUCUUCAAAACCAUAGAGACCACUGAUGAAGAGAAAUACACAAAGCCAAGUGACUUUGCAGACCUGCGAUCCAAAGGUGUCGACGCAGACACAGUGCACUUGUUGCCCAAUGAAAAGCCUCCCUUUAUGCCUGCUAGAACUAUGGACUACGUGGAAGUCCACAAAGUCAACCAAAACAAUGCAUUAUCGCUCAUACCAAAACACAACGAAAACAGCGCCAGGACUGAGCAAUAUUCUGUUCUGGUUCCCAACAGGGAAUAUACAAAAGUGGAGAGGGUGGAGGGUAACAAUGUUUUAGUGUUAAUGCAAGAGAUGGUCAAUCAGGUCAGUCCUGUAACCAUGGAACCUACAAAACUGAAGUUUCAGCAAAGCCAAGUGGCAAAUCCUAUGGACAUGUUCUCGCCAGAAAGUCGAACUCAGGCCGGUGGGAUGGGUUACAUGGAUCCUUCGGCUUUUCUCUCUUAAUCCAACUGAGAUCUUUUGUACUUUUCCCCCCAUCAGGUAAUCAAAUUGCCACAGUGGUUGGCUUUUUUAGCACUAAAUACGACUUCACACUACUUGCACAGAGACCUGCGCUUCGUAUUUAGAUUUAAGAUCAAGGCAGAACAAAUGAGUAAUUUAAUCUUUUUUUUUUUGUUCUUUCAUAGCUGCUUGCAUUAUUUUGUCACUUUAUAUAAAAUGUACGCUCUUCUGUUACUGGAGGUGAAAGGGAUUGUUGCAAUCGCCUGAAACAAAACAAGGCACUUCAUAGAAACAAAAAAAGGAAAUAUGGCUGUGUAUAGCAAUAUAUAUGCUUUUAUUUUUCUGUACAGAGAGGCAAGAAAAUGCUACAUAUUUCAGCCAUUUUCUGCACUAGGAUUGUCACCCACACAAUGAAAGUUAAUGACAGAAUCUUAGAAAUGUGAAAGCCAGGAGGUCGUACCUUUAUUUGCUUUUCUUUCAUAAUUUCUUAGUGCAGUGAGAAUGUUCCUCUCCUGUUCGAGCACAAAUGAAUUUCUAACCUUUAAUUAAGCACUUUAUACUUAAAUAUGUGCCAUGCAGUUAAAUACAAAAAAAACAAUUUAUCUCUUUAUAUUUAAAGGGGAACUCCACCCAAACACGACUUGAGCUGUUUGAAAAUUGCAACUUUGCAAUAUAUCUCCAUUAAAAAAUAUGCAGCCUUUUCAUGAUUUUUAAUGUAGUAAUAUGGUUUGGAACAGUUCCCUAAGCCCCGCCCCCUGUUCCCUAAGCCUGUCCUCAGUCUGCAUCCUCCCAAACCCACAAUUCCCUGCACAUGUGAUGUCAAUAAGGAAAGGAACAUCCCAGUGCAAUGCAUUGUGGGUUAUGUAGUUCCUGCAUGCUGUCUGUAAAAUACUACAAUAUGCUACAAUAUGUAACAUCAAGGUUUUAGUCCCUCCUCCCCUGCCAGGAUUUCAAAUGACGCAGAAAGACAAGAACUGUUUUGCAGCUGGAUUUUAGCAUAUAAAAAUGGUAUUUAUUCAUACUUUUUGAAGGAACAGAUGACAGUGAUAGGUAUAUUAGGGGUCGCUGUGGUUGCCCCAUCUCCAGUCGGGGUGAAGGGGGCACAAUUUUCAAAUGAUAGAUGCUCUUAAAUUGCAAAAGCCUUUAGCUAAAUGGUGCUAUAAUUUGCACGCAUAUCUGACAGGGCACAGGUUGUAUAUUAUUGAUGUAAUAUGUUAUUGCUCCCACUUCUAUAGCUACUAACCCUCUCCCUAAUGCUUUUACCUAAGGGGUCAUUAAGAAAACAGAAGGGAGUGUUCAAUCGGCCACAACUGCCAUUUUGCACUUUGCACAUUGCCUUCUGCUCUCUCAGCAAUGCCACAGGUCUCUCCCUGUUAUGGAGCGCAGACACCUGCCGCUACUCCUACAAAUACAACCUUGACGCCUUCGUCAGUGCUGUAUUGGUAAGGGGUGGGAGGGAGAAGGCAUUCAGUCGUGCCCCCCUCCUGCCCCCUUUAUGUCCCCUAAAUUCCCCCUAACCUUCAGACACUCAGGUUAAGGAGCAUCACAUGUUGCAAGGACAGGCCUGACCUGCACCCCCUGAUACAGUGCUCUGCAUUUAUACCUGCACUCUAUAGAUGUCCCGAGCACUCUCAUUGGUUUGCACCCCCCUCCCCAAAAGACAACUUUGUUGGAAAAAUAACAAUAUCUAUAAAUAAAUCAAGCUAUUUUAUAAUAUACAAGCAUUGGAUUUUGAUAAAUCGGAACUCCUUAGUAUAGAAGACAUCCUAGACCAAGCUCAUAAUAUAAACCAGAUACUAAAUGUAAUUGUACCAUUUUGUCUGCUGUUAAUACACUAAAGCUAGGAUCCUAAGGCUAAUUGCAAUUAAAGUGACAAUUCAGGGAACGGUUUAGUGGGUUUGGGUUCCUGGGAACUUGAAGUCAAAUAAAACGUCACAUCCAAGAAUUAAUCUAAUAACAGGUGCCACAUGUGCUACAAGUCUAACCCAUAGCAACCAAUCAGCAGUUUGUUUGAAAGCUAACUGGUUACAGGGUUACAGGUACUGGUUACAGGGCAUGUUGCAAACUUGCUACCGGGUAUUAUAUCAAUAACCACCCCAUGGCUUGAAAAUGUGGGAUUGUCCUUAGUUACGGUUCCAUAAAAUGAAAUCUAUUUAUUUUUAUUCUUGAAAUAUAGCCUGCCAGGAUUAUUUUAACAAGAAAUAAAAUUAGAAACUAUAUUUUUAUGUUUAUUAAAUAUACAUAUUUUUUUUCAAAGAGCUAUUCCUAUAUAGAAUACUAGCAGACUCAAGGAAAGGCAACCUGUCUGCCCGCAGCUUUAGCCGACCUAAACUCUCUUAGCAUCCCUGACCCGAUAACAAGCGUAGUUUGGUCACGCCGGCUGGACUCCUCAACUAGUCUUCAGGCAAUACGCAUCAGAAUUCAGCCCUACUUUCUGGUAGCAUAAUACCUUUUUCCAUCGUUCUGACCAGUACACUCACGUAUGACCACUCAAACAAACGUUAAUCAACAAGACAAUGCCUUAUUGUAAAUGCAGGACUCCGAUAUUAGGAUAUUAGCCUCUCAAGGGGAAGUAAAGACUAUUUUUGUACAGCUAAUAUAUACCUAUUAUUUUCUACUAUGCUGAAGUCAGGGCAUUUCUGGUUCAGGAAAGUUCACGAAUCAGAUUCUUAGUGAGGAGCGGGUUGCCAAUUUAUAGAUAUCAGGGAAAUUAUAGUGAAUGUUUUACAGUAAUGAAUGCAAAUGUUACUUGAUCAGCUUGCAUGAAAACACCUAUACAGUAAUUAUAUUUCUGUGAUCAGCAAAAAGAAUUGAAAAACCAUCAAACCAUCAAAAUAAUCUGAACAAAAACUCAAGGGUAGUCAACCAUGCAAUAUUAGUGUGAGUGUUGAUAGCCUUACCAUUCAUUUUCCUGUUUCAAUACUGAAGGACCACUGUUCAUAUAAGGAAAUCUGUACAAUGUGUCAUGAAUGUCACAAUCAUGGUGUCUCUUGUUACUACGGCUCCAUCUGCACAUUUCAAUUUGGUUCCUUCCAAUAUCUCACUCUUCAUCUCUUUCACCCUCCUGUUUCCCGCUUGGUUUAUUCUUCCUAUCUCAGAAUGUGAGCUUUAUCCAUUGUUUUUCUUUAGUAGGAAAAACCCAAGUUGUGUCUCUUUCUUCUUGACAUGAGUUGGAAGCUCUUGGAAAGGGUCGUUGAUAUGGAAGUGCGUAAAAUAAAUGUGAAUUCAGGGACAAACGCACAUAGCAGAAGUAAUGUUUGGAUUCAUAGUAUGAAUUACAAUAUGUAUGCUGAGUUUAGAGUGUAAAGCUGGCCAUACACGCACCAAUAUUAUCAUUUGAAACAAUAAAAAGCCUUGGAUAUUGGUUGUUUUGUCGAUGGGGCGGGACAAAAGGCAAGCAUUUAGGGCUGAAUGGUCAUAUGGGGUAGAAUUCCUAUUGUUUCUACCUCCAUAUCUGAGCCCUGAACAUCAGUGGAGGGUACGAAUGACCAUUGGUCGCAGGAAAGAUCGUAAUUGUAAUGUGUAUGGCCUCCUUAAUUCCUUAUGUACAAGGAACUCUAGUGGGAGUCACUUAUCAACAAUUGGCAAUAACCCAUGGCAACCAAUUAAAUUGUCUCAUAUAUUAUUCCACCCGCAGCUGUCCAAAAAAAGGCAACCACUGAUUGGUUACCAUGGGUUACUGCCCACAGGCAAAUGUGGGCAGUGUUGAUAAAUGAGCCCCACUCUCUAUAUUGUAGUGCAUGUUCCGGAUUACAGACGUAAAGCACCUUGAACACAAAUAAUUGGUUGACCAACACUUAUCUCUGUAUUUUUGUUGUUCUGCUGCUGUAGUGCUGUGUCAGUCAUUGGUAUACUAUUUAAAUGUAGGAAGAUGUAGCCUAUUAGCCACUAGGCUAAUGCCAGACGAGGCUGAUACUCAGCCUGCAGAUAAACACAGGUCAAGAAUCAGCCCCUAUGCUUGCAUCAGCCUUUCCCUGUGCCUGCAACCGGCCAGUGUAGGGGCUGAUUUUCUUACCCACAGGCAGUGAAUCAGCCCUGUCUGAAAAUAGCCUAAAACACAAAAACAGCUCUGAAGCCAUGUUCAAGGUAAUGGGUGGACAGGCGUUUGUUUUUAAACUAAAGGCAGUUCACAAAAAUUAAUAUAUAUAUAUAUAUACAGUUGUAAACUGGUUAUUUCGAAAUGUGUUGUUAUGUAGUGGAUAGACUACUUCCAGUGACCUCAAAACAGAAGUUACGACACAAUGGGAUAUAAAAUCACGGAUUGUAUAAUGUCAGUAUUCUAGGAAACAGCAAGUUUUUGUUUCCUCUGAAGCCAGGCCAAAUAAAAAUGAUUUUCUGUUUCUUUAUAAUUCUAUGUAGAAGUUUUAUAAAUACAAGUAUCAGAAGAGACUGGGUAACCCAUAAGGAUAGAUUAUUAUUAUUAGGAAAUUCAGCUUUCUGGGCUUUAUGCAUUUUAUGCAAUCCUCUGGUUCCCUGCUGCAGAGUAGUACCAUUCUUUAUAAAUAUAACAUGAUAAUAACCAAGUAACUGACAACAAAAUAAAUCAUUAUUUAUCAUUAUGCUUAGAAAUAAGCAUUGCAAGGGAAUGAUUCAGGUUUUGUGUAGCUCUAUAUAUCAAGAUAUUUGUCAUUCAUUGAAGGAAAUGUAAACCCAUAACAAAUAAAUGUAAAAUUUCUCAAGUGUUCCGUUGAGCCCUUUUGCAAUUUACAUGAUUAUGUUUUUUAAGAUCUUUGCGAUUUUUACACUGCUAGGAUGGUACAUUUGAAACAACAGCGCCACCUGCUGUUUAUUUUGCCCAACUGGAUACAGUCAGUAGAAAAUUUAAUUAAUGGCAAAAGGAAAGCCUUGUGAUGUUGCUCUGUUCGGAAAAUGAAGUUAGUGAGCUGAGAAGAGUCAUCUGUUCAUGAGUUCUAAGCAAAGCAAUAUCUUUCCUCUCCUCACUAACUUAAUUUUCUACAAUCACAAUGAACACCAGGUGGCGAUGUUGCUUCAUAUUUACACUGCUAAUAUGAAAACUAAUAGAAUAUAAUGAAUGUAGAUUGCAAAAGGGUUCCAAAGAGUGUUUGUUACAAUGUUACAUGAAUUUGUUCUAUGGGUUUACAUUGCAGAUCAUCUCCCUAAAGGGGAAAUUAACAUGAUUAUGAUGAAUAGUAUGUUUCUCUGUCCCUGUGCAGUCAGUGCAGAGUGAAAAUAACAGUUCAGCUCAAACCAUUAACCGAUUGCUCUUAUCUGCUGUGUUUAACCGGAAACAUUUACCAGCUAAUGCGCUUGCUUAUUCCAAAUACUUGAUUUAUAUGGUCUUAAAUGACAGGAUCUGCUCACUUUCCAUGAUGUAAGUAAACAAGCAAAGACACAGCGCACCUACGUAUGGGAAUUAUAUCCUACAGACUGUGUCACGCCUGCCAGUAGGGAAGAUGCUUUCUCCAAGAUAACCAACCCGCCAUUCAACCAUUCCAUCCCGCCAUCAGCCUCUGUUUCCACCCUUACUUGGGGUUUUGCUUGCUUCCCUAACAUUAAGGGGCAGAUUUAUCAAAAUGUGAACUUAGUACAUGAAAACUCAGCAACAUUCUAUUCACUCCUAUGGGAUUUUUAGAAGCAUAUUGAUCAAAUGGUGAAGUCUAACUUUCACCCGUUGAUAAAUACCCUUUUAAAAAUCCCAUAGGAGUGAAUACAACAAGGGGGAGUUUUUACGUAUUAAGCUCUAAACUCACAUUUUGAUAAAUCUGCCCCCUAGGACAGGAUGUAACAUAGUAAGUUAGGUUGAAAAAAGACAUACGUCCAUCACGUUCAACCAUAAUGCCUAUAUAUAACCUGCCUAACUGCUAGUUGAUCCAGAGGAAGGCAAAAACCCCAUGUGAAGCCUCUCUAAUUUGCCGCAGAGGGGCAACCCUGAGGUAUUUGAAUUCAAUAUUCUUUUCAUGUUUCUCCUACUUUCCAAAUACAUUGGCUCCACUCCCAUUCCCAUUAAUGUUGCACAUUCAGUCUCGCUCUCCGUCUCCGCCGCCCUGCGCUGUACAUAUUCACAACAUACUGCCCAUUUCUUGCCUUCGUUAGGGUCCCGUAACGAUCAUACAGACAGGGGAAACCUGUUCAUGUACAUAUGUAUAUUACAAAUGAUGUUUGAUUGCCGCUUGUGCCUCGUGAUCAUACAUUCGUUUUAUAAACACUAUUUUCAGGAAGGUUCUAAUAUUUAAAUAAAACGUCUAUAUUCUGUAAAAAAUACAAUUAUUGGCUGCUUCAAAUUACUGAGAAAAAUGCUUUGUACUGAUUUCUGUGCUAUUGGGCUGCUUCUCCCUCUUUGGUUUUAAAGUGAUCAAUAUUUUAUAUGUGUAUUGUGUAACUGUAGGCCUUGAUAAAUGAACCUGAACGGUGAAAAUGAAUAUUCCAUUUUUAAAGGAGUUGUUCACCUUCAGAUUGACUUUAAGUUUGUUAUAGAAUUCCCUAUUCCUAGUAACUUAUCAGUUGGUCUUACAUAGUAACAUAGUAAGUUGGGUUGAAAAAAGACGUACGUCCAUCACGUUCAACCAUAAUGUCUAUAUAUAACCUGCCUAACUACAAGUUCAUUUCUACAACUACAAGUCUUCAUUUUUUACUUUUUAUAUUUUUUGCCAGUUUUCAAUUGGGGGUCACUGACCCCGGCAGCCAAAAAACUUUAUUGCUUUACGCAGCUGCAAUUAUAUGGUUAUUGUUACUUUUUAUUACUUAUCUUUCUAUUCAGGUUCUCUCCUAUUCAUCUUCCAGUCUCUUAUUCAAAUCACUGCCUGGUUGCUAAGGGAAAUUGGAACCUAGCAACCAGAUAGCUACCAAAAUGCCAAACUGGAGAGCUGCUAAACAAAAAGCUAAACAAUUCAAAAACCAUAACAAAUGAAGACCAAUUGCAAAUUGUCUCAUAAUAUCACUGUCUACAUCAUACUAAAAGUUAAUUUAAAGGUGAACGACCCCUUUAAAACAAUCCAAAGCUCCAAAAGUGGUCAGUAAUUUAAUACUGUUUAAAAAAAGGGCAGUGAAAAUGGUAUCUGAACCGUAAUUCAUUGUAUUCGUGAAAUUUACAGAAACCCCCAGACUUUUCUCUUUGCCUUUUAUAGACACGCCCCCUAUUAUUUUAUAAUUUACUCAUCUUUUCAUUAAAUCAUGCAAAAAAAAUCAAAUUCAUUGAACUCUUCUUGUCAUUUUCAAUGGGUCUACAAACUCUCAAAAAGUUGUGAAAAAUUUGAAAAACUCGAUUGGAAUUGAAAAAAUGCCAAAUUUGGCCUGGGGCGGCUCCCAUCGACUUCUGGCAAGCUUUACAUUUGAGUUUUUCACAUUUUUUGCACUUAAUAAAUACAGGUAUGGGACCCGUUAUCCAGAAUGCUCAGAACCCAGGGUUUUCCAGAUAAGGGAUCUUUCCGUAAUUUGGAUCUUCAUACCUUAAGUUUUCUAAAAAAUCAUUUAAACCCAAUAGGACUGUUUUUCCUCCUAUAAGGGGUAAUUAUAUCUUAUAUAUAUAUAAACUGAUACUGUUUUAUAAUUACAGAGAAAAAGGGAAUCAUUUUUAAAAAUUAGAAUUAUUUGCUUAUGAUGGAGUCUAUGGGAGAUGGCCUUCUGUAAUUCAGAGCUUUCUGGAUAACGGGUUUCCGGAUAACGGAUUCCAUACCUGUAUCAAACAUUCUACUUUAAUGCUGGGAGUUUUUUCCCAAACAAAAUUUGAACAUUGAUAAUUCAGUCUGUUAAUGUAAAUGCAUGAAAAAUUCGACAAUUCUACAUAAAUUGUGCAAUAUGAAUGUUUUUUCGGAAAACAACGCCCAAUUUUUAAAUGAGGAUACUUUCUAUUUAAUAUUGCGAGUGUGAAAGAUUGAAUAAUACAUCAAGCCGACUGUAUAAAUAUAUAUAUAAUACAUGUUUCGCCAGCUUUGCCCCCAUUUUACUGUCCAUUUCAAGAACAAGAUAAUCGAUUCUCACGAAUGUAAAUCUUGCCAUGUUUUUCAGUUGAACUAUCAGUUUGUUGCCAUUGUACAGAUAUUAAUGUAAAAAUGUAUAUAUAUAUCACCUGGAUAUGCUUUGCACUUGUACCUAUGGUUGCUGUUACUAUAGCGAGGGCACUUUAUAUCACAGGCGCCAUCCCUACCAUCGCCUUUCCAGCAAGUGUACAAGGUAUUUGUAAUAUAAUAUAAAUAUUCAGAAAUAUAAAUAUAUAGUAUAGUUUUCACACCAUAAAACCUGCAUCUAUGGAAAAAAAAGAGGCAAUUUAUUGUGGCAAAGUAUUAUUUUCUGUAAACGUUAAAUGCGCCUGGAUGAUGCGAUGAACGCAAUGCCGCGGCCGCUUACGUGGCUGUGAUUAUAUGGUUGGAUGAAUGUCUUAAUAAGGGGUGAAAGGGGGGGGCUCAGAGUUUAGUUUCACAAAUGCAGGUUUUACAUUGAAAUGAGAUUAUUCUUUUUUUUUUUGUUGUAAACCAAAAUAAAAUCCUAAUAUAAGAAAUAA